AUGUCUGAUAAAGCAUUAUAUGAGUAUAAAAAAGAGAGAUCUGAACGUCGCAAGAAAAAACCAAAUCAACAAUACAUGAGGCGCUUUGGAUGCAAACGAAAACGAUCUCUCGCUUCACUUCUUUCAACAGCUUCAAUAUCAUCAACUUUUACUGAUCGAAGCUCUGCUGUUGAUGAAAAAUAUAAUGCGCAACAAACGAAUUUGAAUCAAAGUGAUAAUUUUACAUCGGUUGCACCAACUUUAUGCACAGAUAGAUUUGAUGAUGAAUAUCUUAAUUUACCAAGUGAUGAUGAAAAUGAAAUUCUUCUUAACACGUAG